AUGGUGAAACCGUCUCAGUCUGUCCGAUUUGAGAUUGAUCAAGAAGUUUUAGCUCGCUGGAAUGAUGGGCUGUUUUAUCUUGGAAAGAUAGUCAAGAUUGAUGAGAAGAAUGUAAGAUGUAGUAUCAGUUUUGAAGAUAGUUCCGAAUAUUGGAUAUUAUAUAAAGACGUACAGAUUGGUGCCGGAGAUAAAGGGGAGAUAAUUUGCUGUAUUUGUCAAGAUGAAAGUUCAGAUAAACCCAAUGAGAUAGUACUCUGUGAUAACUGUGGUUUAGGUUACCAUCAACAAUGCCAUAAUCCCCCUAUAUCAGGUGAUGUCCUGAAACCAGAUGUAGAGUUUCUAUGUAGAUUGUGUGUUUUUGCUACAAAUGUCAAGAAAGGUGGUGCUUUAAAAAUUGGACCAAAUGCUAAAACAUUUCAAGAUAUGAAGCAGUCUUUACCUUACAAUUUACAUAGAUUAACAUGGGAUGCCCAACAUAAAACCAACGUAGAACAGUUUUAUUGUUAUUGUGGGGGACCAGGAGAAUGGUUUUCUAAGAUGUUACAAUGUUGUAGAUGUAGACAAUGGUUUCACGAAGCGUGUAUACAAUGUCUAGAACGCCCUCUACAAUAUGGUGAUAGAUUUUAUAUAUUUGUUUGUUCUCAUUGUAACAAUGGUCCAGAAUACAUCAAACGUUUAGAUUUAAAAUGGGUAGAUCUAGUUCAGUUGGUAUUAUUUAAUUUAACUAUUUUACAAAAUAAGAAAUAUUAUGAUUUAGAUGAGGUCGUUGUACCGUAUUUAAUCAAUAAUUGGAAUGAUUUACAACCAGGACAAAAUGUAAAAAAAACUCAUCUUUAUCUUAACAUUUUAUUUAUUUUCAUUGACAGGUUUUGUAUUGGGCAUGAAUUUAAAAAGAAAACUUCACUGUGGGGAUUAAAGUUACGAGUUCCUCCACCAGCACCUUCUGUUAUAUUGCCUACAGAAGGACAGAUUACAGAUGAAGUUAUGGGUAAUCUGCAGAUGAAGGGAAGAAAAACCAAGACAUUCGUACCAAUCCAGUGGUAUGUAUUUUCAUUAUCUUAA